AGCAAACGGCAGCACCACGCUUUUUGGAAAAGUUACCCUUGAUUCCGUAUUUUCCGUGAAUUUCCCAGCGAAAACCGAAACAUGAAGAUCGAGGAAGUGAAGAGUACGGUGAAAACUCAACGCAUCGCCGCGCACAGCCAUGUGAAGGGCCUGGGAUUGGACGAGAACGGAGCCCCGCUCCAGAUGGCGGCCGGUUUGGUGGGACAGAAGGAUGCACGCGAAGCGGCCGGAGUCGUGGUGGAUCUGAUCAAGUCGAAGAAAAUGUCCGGACGGGCGUUGCUGCUGGCCGGGCCACCGGGCACGGGCAAGACGGCUAUCGCUCUCGCCAUCGCCCACGAGCUGGGCAACAAGGUGCCGUUCUGUCCGAUGGUCGGUUCGGAGGUGUUUAGCAGUGAAAUCAAAAAGACCGAGGUACUGAUGGAAAACUUCCGGCGUUCCAUCGGACUGCGCAUCCGAGAGACGAAGGAGGUGUACGAGGGAGAGGUAACGGAGCUAACACCGGUCGAGACGGAGAACCCGAUGGGCGGGUACGGUAAAACGAUUAGCAACGUGGUCAUCGGUUUGAAGACGGCCAAGGGAACGAAGCAGCUGAAGCUAGAUCCCAGCAUCUACGAAACGUUGCAGCGCGAGAAGGUAGAGGUCGGCGAUGUGAUCUACAUCGAAGCAAACAGUGGCGCCGUGAAGCGUCAAGGCCGUAGCGACACCUUUGCUACCGAGUUCGACUUGGAAACGGAGGAAUAUGUCCCGUUGCCGAAAGGCGAGGUACACAAGAAAAAGGAAGUGGUGCAGGAUGUAACGCUGCACGAUUUAGAUGCGGCGAAUGCGCGUCCUCAGGGCGGACAGGAUGUGCUUUCGAUCGUUGGACAGAUGAUGAAGCCGAAAAAGACGGAAAUCACCGAUAAGCUGCGCACGGAGAUCAACAAAGUGGUAAACAAGUACAUCGACCAGGGCAUCGCUGAACUUGUUCCUGGCGUUUUGUUCAUCGACGAGGUGCACAUGCUGGAUCUGGAGUGUUUCACGUAUCUGCACAAAUCCCUCGAAUCGGCCAUCGCACCGAUCGUCAUCUUUGCCACUAAUCGCGGCCGUUGCGUCAUUCGCGGCACGGACGACAUCGUUUCACCGCACGGUAUUCCGCUCGAUCUGCUCGAUCGGUUGCUGAUUGUGCGCACGUCUCCGUACAAUAUUAGCGAAAUGGAACAAAUCAUUCGUCUGCGCGCGCAAACGGAAGGACUUAGCGUGGACGACAGUGCUAUCAUGGCGUUGAGUGAGAUUGGAUCCAACACGACACUCCGGUAUGCGGUGCAGCUACUCACGCCGGCUCACCAGACGAGCAAGGUCAAUGGGCGGACGCAGAUCACCAAAGACGACAUCAUGGAUGUACAUUCCUUGUUUUUGGACGCGAAACGCUCGGCGAAGUUCUUGCAGGAAGAAAACACAAACUAUAUGAUGUAAGACGCGAGCUUGUCCAUUGAUAACAACAUAACUAACUCAAUAAACGCGCUCUCCAUAGAGCCGAAUAUAAUGUA